GACAUUCGGAGGUUGGUGCAACUCGUGUUGAUGCAGUAAGCUGCGACCGUUAGCUGUGUGUCAUCCCAUCCCUGUUGACGAUUUUCCUUCCAUCAGAUUGUUGUGGUUCUCAAUCCUUAACUUGUGUGCACUUGUGAGCGAGUCACACAAAUGAUGGAAAGAAGGAAUUGCUUGGCUAACUAAGUGAGAUAUUGAGAUUGCAAUGGCAUUAGCUGUGCUUAACACUGCGUUAGAAUGGGUGACAAUGGCUUUAUCUGCACGAGCUGUAGUUUGUGGAACCUAUGUUGGUGCACAUUUGUUUGUUGAAGUUCUUCUGCUGCUUGUCGGCCUUUUAUUACUCUCCAGGAAAAGUUCCAAGCCUCGAAAACGAAAGUUGAAACCGAAGGAAAUAGAUGAUUUAUGUGAUCAAUGGGUUCCCGAACCUCUAUUUCCUCCCAUAACCAAAGAGAUGUUGUAUGAACCGCCAGUGCUGGAGAGUGCUGCUGGGCCACAUGCUAUAAUUAAUGGUAGAGAAAUUAUUAAUUUUGCUUCGGCAAACUAUCUUGGAUUGAUAGGUCAUGAGAAGCUGCUUGAGACCUGUACUGCUGCUAUAGAAAAAUAUGGUGUUGGUUCCUCUAGUUCUCGUGGGUUUUAUGGAACAUUCGAUGUCCACCUCGACUUUGAAGCCAAAGUAUCAAAAUUUCUGGGAACCGCUGAUGCAAUUCUUUACUCUUAUGGACUCUGUGCCAUGUUCAGUGCAAUUCCUGCUUUCUCCAGAAAAGGAGAUAUAGUUGUCGUUGAUGAGGGAGUCCACUGGGGGAUCCAGAAUGGCCUUUGUCUCUCUAAAAGCACAGUGGUGUACUUUAAGCACAAUGACAUGGACUCUUUGAGACAAACACUGGAGAAUAUUACUAAAAAACAUAAGCGAGACAAGAAAAUGAGGCGUUACAUAGUUGUUGAAGCUAUCUACCAAAAUUCAGGCCAAAUUGCUCCGUUGGAUGAGAUCAUUAGAUUGAAGGAGAAGCACCGUUUCCGUGUUUUAUUGGACGAGAGCAACUCAUUCGGUGUGCUUGGAAGUUCUGGAAAAGGUCUCACCGAAUACUUUGGAAUUCAAGCUGAAAAAGUAGAUAUCAUAGCUGCUGCAAUGGGACAUGCACUGGCCACAGAAGGAGGAUUCUGUGCUGGAAUUGCUGGAACUGAAAUUCACCAGCGAUUGACAGGUGCUGGCUAUGCCUUUUCUGCUUCUCUGCCUCCAUAUCUUGCAAGCGGUGCAACCAAAGCUCUUGAAAUCCUUGAAGAAAAUACCAAUCUGGUAACAAAGCUGAAGCAUAACAUUGCCCAGUUGUGGGAAGAAGUAUCAGACAUACCUGGCUUGACACCAACAAAUAGUGCAGAAUCACCAAUUAUUUAUUUGAAAUUAGAGAAGUCAACAGGUAGCAUUGAAAAUGACCGACGCCUGCUUGAAAAUAUUGCCCAGCGAGUUUUGGAGGAAGAUGGUGUGUUGGUGGUGGCUUCCAAAAGAUCAAAAGUGGAUGGAUGUCGAUUGCCCUUAGGAAUUAAAUUGUUCGUCUCGGCAUCUCAUUCUGAGUCAGAUCUUCGUAAGGCCGCUGGAUCAUUGAAAAGGGUUGGUGCCUCAGUCCUGAGUGGUCGUAACUGAAGUUGAAUGCUUCUCUCCUGUUACGUUAUGUAUUGAAACAUCACUUCAGGUGCUGAGGGUGAACAACUUUCUAUAUUCCGGAAGGAUUUCUCCCUGCUCUGUAAUUUCGGUUUGAUAUGAUAAUAAAAAGGAAUUAGAGGAACAUCAGCCCAUAACGGCUGCAUGAAGAUAUAUUAAACUGUUAGUGGCAGCUUCCGACUACUGAUGACGUUAAUUAAAUGCACAAAAUACCUUAUGAUGUGCUAAGGCUAUUAGUGUUGGAAUAUUUUCAGUAUUCUUCGUUAUUCCACAUCAUGGGAAAUUUGUCAUUGUAGCGUUAUCGCAUAAUUGAGGGGAAUUCCACCGUGACAUCGUUUAGUUUCGAUUUUUUGGUUGACAUUGUUGAUGUGGAGGACAGAGUUAAUACAUUCUAUGAGUGGGGUUCUUGUUUAA